AGUAACAGGUCCCUUGUGGGGCUUGCCUGUGACCAGGCUUCGCCUGAUGCUGAUGUGCUUUGUGUAACCAGUCGGUGCUGGUUCAGCUGGGAGGUUGGUGGCUUUGCUAACAUGGUCCAGGUAGGAUUUGGAGCUGGCUUUAGGUCCCCUGGCGUUUCCUCUACCACCUCAUCCCUCAGCUAUUCUCCGUCCCUUUGUGAUAUUCCCCCGUCUUUGUUGGGUUUCCCCUUGGACCCUAUCUGAGCUUUUGAGCCUUUGAGUCCUUUGAACCCUCUUCAAAGUGGAGAGGGAAAUGUCCUCUCCUCCACUGGCAACACUAUCCCGGGUAAGGGGAACCCAAAGCCAGCUCUGGUCUCACUGCUAAGCUGGGACUAAAGAAGAUGUGAUGCAGUUCAGCUCUGGGCCUCGCAGCUCAGGAGGGGUCGCAAACGCAGAGCUGCCCACAUACCUCUGGAGGCCACAGUGCACAACGCAAUUCCCGUGUGCAGGUCCCUGCCUGGAAACCCAGCCCUGGAGCAUUAUUCCAGCCUCUCACCCUCCAGGAUGAGGGCUGGGACAUGAAUUUGCUUAAAAUGCGUAUAUAACUCUUACAGUUGCUUGAAAAGCCAGUCCUGGGGACAAAUUCUGGAGGGCCCCUGAUGAGGGGACUCCAGACUCUCACUCAGCAGUUUCUGCUUGCUAAAGUAAAGAACAAAGAGUCUCUGCUGUGCUGGUUGGUUUUCCAGGCAGCGCCAGCCCCGAGCCUUGCCAGGUGCCCGAGGCUGGGCUGGGCGACGUGCUGCUUAGCUGGGAAGCCCUGUGGAUUUUACAGCUCCUCGGACUAAGCUCGCCCCAUUGCUUUCCGUGUCGCAGGGCCGGUACCCAGAGCUCCUGCGUGCUCCCUGGGAAGCAGCGGUCCCUCACGAGCGGAGACAAUAGGGAUUCAGGGCAUUAAUUCCAAGCAUCAGAGGGUGGUUAAUUGUUUUUCUGUUUGGUCUCUUAUGUUGUUCUGACUCCAGGCCUAUUAUGUGAGCCACAGGGAAAGUUUCUCGGUAAACAAAAAUCAAAGUGUCACUUUGGUGGAAACCGUCCCAACCUGUGACAGGAUCUGUCACCUUCUUACUCGUAACCCCGUAGCAGGGUGUCAGAGGGGCACCCGUGGUGUUCGGCUGGCUCGGUGCUUUAGUUUCUUGACUCUCAAGAUGGAUUUGCAGGCGUGAGGACAGUGGAGAAGCCAAUGUCUCCGGGGGUCUUUCUGCUCGAUCGGAAUAGAGCAUGGGCAGGGGUGGUGCCAGGUUGGGCUAGCGGUGGUAUCUAGUCAGCACGGGCGUGAGUAAACUGAAUUUCCCCUUAUCAGCUUGCCCAGACCGGGUAACUCAUUGGUCGGCGAUGCGUGCGUGUGUGUGCGUAACGGCAGACGUGCUGCCUUUGCAGGUCCAGUGAUGGCCAGAAAGGGACUGUGCAAACCGGGGCUUGUUCGGACUCCUCUGCCGGAGCGGCGGGGCCAGGGGAGCCUGCGCCGGAGUUUGGGUGCUGAUCGCUGCCUGCGCCCCGGGGGCUGGCCCCAGGGCUGCGCGUCCUGUGGGCAGGACGGCGUGUGGGAGCGAGCCCAAGAGGCAGAGUCUGCAGGUUUGAAGUGCUGGAAGUUGACAGCGUUUAGGGAGACGUGUCAGACGCUGGGAUGCAGACAGCAGAUUGGAAAGAGCUGAUCUGGGGGGAGGCAGCGAGACCCUGAUCAGAGCUACUCUCUGUGGAUCUAUCUCAGUGGGACGUCGACGAGGUCCACCCCUCUCCUAGGGCACUGGGACCAGUGCUCAACUUGCUGGCGGCUUUGCGUAAGGAAGAACAGCCUUUUCCCCAUCCACAGGGACUUCGUUGGACCUUGAUGGUGUGGAGAUGAGGGGGAGGAAGGGGACCUGCCCUCCAACACGCACACAGCAGCCUCAAAGGGUUAACGGGCCCCAGGAGGCUGGAGGGGCUGUUCACACCCGCUGCCCAAUCCUGGGAAUCCCUCUGUGCUAAUUGAGCACUAACCAGAUCAAAGGCUCCAAUCAGGCAAUCAACACCCUGGCCUGUCCUCAGUCCCCUCCAGAGCUGGUCCCCAGCACGGCACAGCUCUGCUCUUUGUCUGCCGGGAAGGACAGCUGAGCAAUGUGGCCUCUCUCCGUACAUGCGAGCUUUAGAGCUGGCCUCGCCUGGGCUCUCCUUAGUGCGAUUCUGGGGAUGGAUUUGAGUUUGCAGGAAAGUUUACUGUUAAAAUCCCUUGGUCUGAGCGCCAAACCCAGCCCGAAAACCGCUGUUCCUGUGCCGUCUGUGCUCUGGCGGAUCUUCCAGAACAGAAAGACUCCUACAAACAAAGGCCUGGAGGAUGCUUGUAAGGUGGAGGAGUUUAAUGUCCCUGGAAACAUCAUCCGUGUCUUCGCUGACCAAGGCCACUUCAUUCAUAGCAGGCAGCCCCAGACGUUGCUGUGCCUGCAGAAGCGUCUGUACUUUAACCUCUCCGUGCUGGAGGAGGGCGAGCGCUUGACGAUGGCUCAGCUAGAGAUCAAAUUCAGCCACAACUCCUACCACACCUCCAGCCGGGGCCAGGUCUUCGGGCUGCGGCUGUACCAAACCGCCCAGCUGUCCCUGCGGGGGAUGCCCUCCCGCGAGCACAGCCGAAAGCUGCUGGUGGAGCAGUCCUUCGCCCAGCUGCACAAGUCUCUCCUCUUCAACCUGAGCGGGGUGGCAAAGGACUGGCAAACUUACAGCAAGAAUCUGGGCUUGGUCUUGGAGAUCUCAGUAGGCGGCGGGGAUGGUGCAUCAGCCCUGGUGAGCUGGGGGCUGCAGAGCCUCUGUGCCAGCAUCGACUCCUUCCUGGAUACCUCUCUCCUGGUGGUGACGCUCAGCCGGCAGCAGUGCAAGGCCUCCAGGAGGAGGAGAAGUACUUACGAUGCCCCCAUCACGCCAAGCAACCUCUGCAAGCCCAGGCGGCUCUACAUCAGCUUCAGCGACGUCGGCUGGGAGAACUGGAUCAUCGCCCCCCAGGGCUACAUGGCUAAUUACUGCCUGGGCGAGUGUCCCUUCCCGCUGACAGCCGAGCUGAACAGCACCAACCACGCCAUCCUCCAGACCAUGGUGCACUCGCUGGACCCCGAGGGCACCCCGCAGCCCUGCUGCGUCCCCGUCCGCCUGUCCCCCAUCUCCAUCCUGUACUACGACAACAACGACAACGUGGUGCUGCGGCACUACGAGGACAUGGUGGUGGAUGAGUGUGGCUGCCGAUAG